UUUAUUUGAUUGACAUAAUGUUCGUACUUUAUUAUUGUUAUACACUUGAAAAUAUUAUUAAACGUGUAUACUGAAAUAUGGUAGGAUAUUAAGAACCCGUUUUAUACAAAAGAGCAAUAUUUACACAGAUUAAUAUAUGUAAACUGGUCAUUGUUUGAAUAUUGAACAACAGAAAGAUAUAUACAUGAAUCACUGUGUUUUACAGUUUUGUUUUUUUUUUAAUAUAGUCGUUUUACCGGUAACGAAUAUUUGCCAGUAUUGCCGCGGAAUAUUUUUUUAUUUAAACAUGUUAAAUUUUCUACAAAAUCGUAGUGACGGGUUUUAAAAAUCUUACUAGGUAAAUACAUUAAAAGGAUGAAUAUUCUACCCCUUGUUGUGUUUUUGUAAUAUCUGCAUCAUUAUGUCCCACAGUUUUUACAAUUUGAAACAAUGACCUAGAUUUUAACACGCGGAAGUACAUGUCAAAGAAAACGAAAGUGCGUAUUAAAGAAUUUUGUCGAAAUAAAUUUUUCCGUUAUGUUAUCAAUCCAGAUUGAGUAUGUAAUCAAUAUUUAGUGUAUAUAUAUAACAAGAUAGAAUAUUAAGUUAAACAACAAUUGACUUUUGAAUGAAAUUUUAACAUCCAAACUAACAACGUGUUGUUUUUGUUACGAAUCACGGUUUUUAAAAAACAACAACGCCGUUUUACGAGAUGCAAGAACAGGAAAAGCUGACAAAAGUGAAUAUACCGUUAUAAUAAUUUACAAGCAAAAAUAUAUUACAUGAAAAUUACGUGUGACAAAUACAUGAAAUAGUUGAUUUUAUUUUUACAACUCAUGUCGCUUAAAGUCUCUCAUAAAAUGAUACAUUUUUCAUAUUGUUUAGUUUUAGAAAAAAUCAUUUAAAUCAGCAAGUAAUGCUUAUAUACUUUAUGUAGAAUCUUCCUUGAGGUAUAUUUCUACAAUAUUUUCGACCAACCGGUUUUAUUUAUUAAGUCAGCAACAAUAGAGGGCACUUGAUUCGAUACUGAAAAAUCGAUUCGAAACUAGAAAAAUGGAGGAGGGGGUGUUAUUUUUGACAGCUCUGUACCUGUACCAUUCAUAUUUUGGAAAUUUUGGUACCACCUAUUUGAAAAGCUUGGAAAUACAAAUUUAAAACAACAACAAAGAAAAUUUGGAAAUUCAAAGAUAAUAUAGAUAGAAAUGGAUCAUUUACCUCGCCUGUCAGAGUCUGUGUAUGUUGGACUGUGUCGUGAAGUAGGGAGUCCUACAGAAGUGAGGAUCAGGAGAGAAGUGAUGGACACUAUGGAGGCGGUGAAGAAACCUGUGAACAUCAUGAAAGGAUUUGACAAAAUGAGAAGUGGGAGUACACGUGAGGGAUAUAGACAGAGUACUUCAGAUGCUGACUGGAUGUUCUGGCCUCCAGACCACAAGGUGAUAUGUGAUCUCUCCCAGAUCAGUCUCUACCGUAUUCCACAACACACAGUGAUUCUGAUGGAGUGUGAUGAUCUAUCACCGGGGUUUACCAGACUUAAUCUGAUGAGUCCAUCAAAUAGAGAAAAAGUCAGAUCCUCCUGUGUAGAGAUCAAUAAUAACGUGUAUAUAUCUAGUACAUUAUUCCGUAAUAAUUAUUUAGAGUUUUUACAGACCUAUAAUUUACCUUCGUCUCCCUGGUCUCACGGACCCUGUGCUACAUUUUACCAUCAAAUUUUGUUAGAAUUGGAAUCGGAUUAUGCAUUCUGUUUCCGAUCCUAUCACUGGCCGGCAAUUGCUCUACCUUGGAUACAAAGAUGUCGUCAACAGGGUUGGCCAUCCGAGCUAGUUUUAUCAGAUAUUUUAAGCUCAGGAUUCCAUGUUGUUCCUAUCGGCAGCACACCUGACAGCAUACAAGAGUGGAGAAUUUCAUUCUCCUUGGCGGAACAAAAAUUAGUUUAUUCAAUGAAUCACACUCAGUUUUUAUCUUACGGUCUUUUAAAAAUCUUUCUUAAGGAAGUAAUUAAUGUUAAUGGAAGUUCACCCGUAUUAUGUUCAUAUUUCUUAAAAACUGCUUUAUUUUGGUUAAUUCAGACUAACAAUUCCUUAAAUUGGACUCCUGAAAACUUAUUGCUGUGUUUCUGGCAAUGCUUUAAAUUAUUGAUAUUUUGGGUAUUUACUGGAGAAUGUCCAAACUUUUUUAUUCCACAAAACAACAUGUUCCGAUUGAAAUUAACUGGAUCCAUACAAACAUUACUGUUCAAUAAGUUGAAUGAAUUGUAUUGCAAGGGUAUAUCAAGUCUACUACUGAGUGAAACGUUAAGACCGUUCCUCAGUCAAGCCAUUUUAUACAGAGCAUUGAGAGUCUGUACUGACGAGAGCAGUAUUAUUACUAACGCUGAACUUGAAAUUAAUUUAUUUAAGGAAUUCUAUGUAUAUAACCAUAUGGUUUUAAGUGUUGUAGAAUUUGCAGCUCUCAUAAAGAAAAUUGAAAUAGAGAUAAGAAAAAGGUUGACGUCAUACCAGGAGGCUACAUUACAAUUAAUGACAUCAAAGAUAUUACGUAGCACUGCAAUGCUGAAACUGUGUGAUGUAUAUCAACUUAAAACUCGUAAUAAGGUUUAUUACAAAGCUAGUAACGUAUCCCGAUUGUUAAAACUGUCAUGCACAUUAGGUUGUGCCUCAGAUAUUCUAUAUCUUGCUAUGUAUUACUACAAAACGUGUAGAUAUGAAGAGUCACUUAGUUGUUUACAGAAAGCACAGAACAGAAUGACAAAGCCAUACAUUAUAUACCACGGUCAUGUUUAUUUAGAUAUAUAUAGACGUUGCAUGAUUGAAAUGUCUCUGUCUCGUAAAAUGAAGAUUGCUUUAGUGACAGAUAUUGUGUUACACAGUGAGUACACAUACAUUGAUGAACUUAUUCUAGAGCAGAGGACCAAUAACGAGAAUGGUGAACUAUCAUUAUAUAUCCCACCCUUAGUGAUGUUACAUAUGAUGUUUACAUUGAAUCAUCACAGACUUGGUGACAGAAUGAGGUCACAACAAUCUCUACAGGAUCUACAGAAUCUGCUGCUCUAUGAAGACGGGGUUUAUGUACUUCCUCUUGUCAGAGAUAUAUCGUGGCAAAUACUAGGAAUUUGUCAACAAAUCUGUGGAGAUUUCCAGGGAGCUCUAGAAUCUUAUCAACAUUCGUUACAAGAAGAUCCUUUUAACAAGAUUCAGGAAGCAACACUAUAUAGAAUUAACACACUUUAUGAAGAUUGAUGCAUUAAAAAACCUCUAUAUAACUUAUAUCGAAGUGGUUUUUGUGGCGCCAGCUUUUACAGUCAUAUAAAUAUUAAUUGAAAGAUUUGUUUUAAUGUUUAACAAAUUACUUAUUAUU